AAACAGGUCUGAGCGCUACCACGGUCAGGUGUGUAAUUCAUCUCCAAGGAAAGUGUGUUGUCAUUCCCUCGUUCAGCGUGACUGACCGAAAUCUAAGACCACGAAAUGGGCACUGCACGAUACGAUAGAGCUAUCACAGUAUUCUCACCCGAUGGACACCUUUUUCAAGUGGAGUACGCACAAGAAGCUGUCAAGAAAGGAUCAACAGCCGUCGGCAUCAAAGGAAAGAAUAUUGUCGUUUUGGCUGUUGAGAAGAAAUCGGUGGCCAAACUGCAGGAUGAGAGGACAGUACGAAAAAUAUGCCUGCUGGAUGAUCACGUAGUGAUGGCUUUUGCUGGUUUAACAGCCGACGCACGAAUACUAAUAGAUCGUGCUCGAGUAGAGUGUCAAAGCCACAAGCUCACAGUUGAAGAUCCUGUGACAUUAGAGUACAUCACACGGUACAUUGCUCAACUUAAGCAGAGGUACACCCAAAGCAAUGGCCGAAGACCUUUUGGGAUAUCUGCACUUAUUGCUGGUUUCGACUUUGAUGGGACUCCUAGACUCUUUCAGACAGACCCCUCAGGUGUUUACCAUGAAUGGAAGGCCAAUGCAACUGGACGUAGUGCAAAGACAGUGCGAGAGUACCUGGAGAAAAACUAUGCUGCUGACAAGAUGGAAUCUGAUGAGGCGGCUGUUAAGUUGGCCAUUCGUGCCCUUUUGGAAGUUAUUCAGGGUCACAACCUCGAAGUUGCAGUCAUGAGACGUGGCCAGGCACUUAAGAUGCUGGAGACAAAAGAAAUCGAAAAGUAUGUUGAAGAGAUUGAGAAAGAGAAGGAGGAAGAGGCUGAAAAGAAGAAGCAGAAGAAGUAACAAUGCUGAAGCCUUUUUUUAUGACUGCUUUCUGAAAGCAGUUGAACUGGUUUCUACAACUUGCAUUAAGUGCUUGUUCAGUUCUUUUCCACUGCUUUGCAGUAAACUAUUUUGCAAUAAACUUGCUGUAUGCACACC